AUGCUUGCAGACUCAUCCAUCACCAACAUCCCAGCAGAUGUUUCUAACCCCUUCAUCGCCAAAGUUCCCCCUUCACCACCAAAACAGAAUGUCGUGUCGGACCCUAUUGCGGUGCUUCGUGAGGGUAUGGGUCGGAUGGAUAUCACUUCUCGAGGUAGUAGUGGAGAAUACGUCAACGCGAGGAAAGAAGACAGUAACGUUCAAAACAAACGAGAGCUUGAUCGAUUCGUUCCCUCCCGUCCGACAUCCCUUCAUCAAUCAUCUCAUUCUUCCACCACAUUGCCCACCCUCGCGCUAGAGACCCCUGACACGAGUACGAGCCUUGACAUUUCCUCUUCUUCCCUUUCUGCGUCUCUAGGUCUCCAAUCUAAUCGACGUAUCUUAUCUUUCCGAUCUGCUCCCCCACCCGCCUCUCACGCUACUUCGCAUCUCGACGCCCAACGUGCUUAUCUCGUCCAUUCUUCCGCUUCUGCCAGUAGAGGAACCACCACUUCUGGACCAGGAGCGGCUGGUACGAAGAAACGUUCCCCUCCACAUGUACCAGAUAGAGUGUUGGACGCUCCUGGCUUUGCCAAUGACUAUUAUCUUAACCUUGUCGAUUGGAGCUGUGGGAAUCACGUAGCUAUCGGGUUAGCGGAUAUUGGUUACGUAUGGGACGCAGAAACAGGAGCUGUUAACGCUUUGGGUACAGGUAGUGAGGAGCAAGUACCAGUCACGUCCGUAUCUUGGUCUCCUGAUGGUGCGUAUCUGGCUAUAGGGAAUGAUAAGGGAGAAGUGGAGAUUUGGGAUGUGGAGGAAGGUAAGAAGAUGAGAGUUAUGGGAGGACAUCAAGCUAGAAUACCAGUGUUAUCUUGGAAUGGACAUGUUUUAAGUUCGGGAUGUAGGGAUGGGAGUAUAUAUCAUCAUGACGUCAGAGUAUCGAGACAUAAGGUGAUGGAAUUGUUGGGACAUUCGGGGGAGGUAUGCGGUCUCAAAUGGAGAUCAGACGGUCAACUCUUAGCUAGUGGAGGGAAUGAUAACGUUGUUAAUUGUUGGGAUGGAAGAGUAGGACAAUCGGUAUUACAAACUGGAGAAGGUAUCCCAAAAGGGGUAGCUAAAUGGACCAAACGGAAUCAUUCAGCAGCUGUCAAGGCACUCGCUUGGUGUCCAUGGCAAUCCAAUCUACUAGCAACAGGUGGAGGAUCAACCGACCAAACCAUUCAUUUCUGGUCAUCUACAACAGGUGCACGUACAGCAUCAUUACCAACUUCAUCUCAAGUUACUUCACUCAUUUGGUCACCUCACGCUAAAGAAUUACUUUCAACUCAUGGUUACCCAGAUAACAAUUUGAUCCUUUGGACGUACCCUUCUCUGAGUAAAGUAUACGAUGUUCCUGCUCAUGAUGAAAGGAUUUUGUGUUCAGCUUUGAGUCCGGAUGGAUGUAUGGUAGCUACCGGUGCGGGGGAUGAGAAUUUGAAGUUUUGGAAAGUCUGGGAGAUGAAGAGUGCGCCAAAGAAAAUUUCGGGGGAGGAAGAAGUGAGAGGUAAAGUGGGUGGAAGGAUCAGGUGAAGGGAAUGAGGACCUCAUUGGGUGCAUGUGUAGAGCAACGGGUCAUAAUUGGAUGUGAAAGAGGGUAGGAAGGUGGGAGGAGGAGGAAGAGGAGAUUAGCAAUAAUGAAGAUGGAAAGGAAGAUGUGUCAGGGAUAGUUAGGUACUGGAGAUGACGUCGGAUAUCAAAGUUCUGGAUGGAAUGAUCCAAGGGAGGACCUUUAGGAAGGGGAUGUGAAUGGAUGAACAAGUAAUGAUCAUGAGUGCAAGCAGACCAAGUACAAGACAUAUGUCAGAAAGUACGGUGCGUGGAAGGAUCAUGAAGAUUAGUGGUAGUAUCUUAUUUCCAUCUAAUUCACUUCAUGCACUGCUGUCUUUUGUU